GAUGACACGAUAAUUCGAGCCUAGCUCACGCCGUUUAAUCUAAGCCUUAGGGAUGCCAGCCAGUGAUCCCUACGGUUACCAUAACGACACUGGUACCUGCCACAUCCACACGGCUGAGCGACUUGCGCGCCGCAACCCGCGGAACACGCAGAUAUGAGUAGUCUAGGGCUUCCAGGGGAACACAGCUUUCUUUCCCCUAGGGGGACCCACACCCUGCACCAAAGAGCUUUCCUCUUCUUCUGGCUGUCGGCGCUGUUGUUAUGGGCUGUUAAAAGCCUGGUGCGAGCACUACACCUGCAGAGGCACUUCAAUAAAAACCAAGAACAUAUUAAAAUAGCCACUGUAGAAAACGGGCUAACGGCGAAUCCAGCAAAGCAUGAAUCAAAUUCAGUACCUGAUGUAACAGAGAAAGAGCAAGUGGCGGAAACUGAAAAAGAACAUAAGCCAGCGACACCAGCCAGCGAUCGUCUGCCAUUCGGGACCUUUCUCAAGUCCAUUGCGCUGCUCGGGGCUAUCAUGUUUUACUUUUACAUUUGCGACUACGAUCACUUCUUUCCAGCGGGUACACGCGUGUACUCACGUGACGUGUUUGUGUUCCUGUACCUCGUUUUGAUGGUCGUGGCUGUGUGUUUUACGACGCGCGAAUGCAAGGAUAAAAUUCUAAAUCGUGAUCAGACCGAAGAAUGGAAAGGGAUCAUGCAAGUCUUGUUUGUAUGGUAUCAUUACUUCAAGGCUGCGGAGACGUAUAACGCAAUUCGUGUGUUUAUCGCGGCUUACGUGUGGAUGACUGGCUUCGGCAACUUCUCCUUCUUCUGGAUUCGUCAGGACUUCAGCUUGUACCGCAUGCUCAAGAUGCUCUUUCGACUCAACUUUCUCGUGGUGAUCACUUGCAUCGUGACGACCAAUGAGUAUAUGUUAUACUACAUUUGCCCCAUGCAUACCUUUUGGUUCCUCUCCGUCUACGCCAUGAUGAGACCGCUGUAUAAACGGAACGCGGACCCCAAAGUCAUGGCAGCGAAGUUCGGUAUCUAUUUUGUCCUCGUUUUCCUAAUUUUUGAUGUCUCCGGUGUAGGGGAAAUGGUUUUCAAACCCUUCUACCCGAUCCUAAGUUACCGUAAGUCCCUUCACGAGUGGAUGUUUCGCGCCGGUCUAGAUCACUACGCUACUUUUUUAGGAAUGCUCUGUGCGUACUUUUAUCCCAACUUCGAGAAAUUCAUGUCAAGUCUAGAACUCGAGGUCUGCGACCGAAAAACACAGGUAACCCAUCUGCUCGUCAAGUUUGGCAUAGCUGCUGCCUUGGUUACCUCGGUUGGAUUUUGGUGGUGUCACGUGUUUGUCCUACCCAAGUUCGACUACAACAAGCUUCACCCAUACUACUCAUGCAUUCCCCUUCUUGCGUACAUCUAUUUGCGCAACAUCCUGCCAUCCCUGCGAACUCGGUACAUCCACAUGUUCUGCUGGCUUGGCAGGAUCACCCUUGAGACCUACAUCUCCCAGCUUCACGUCUAUCUGCAAGCGGACGCUAAGAUGCUAAUAGUCUACAUCCCUGGCUACCCGCUGUUAAACUUUGCGCUAGCGACCGUUAUUUACCUGUGCUUGUCGUAUACGCUGUUCCACCUGACAGUAGACCUGAGUGCGUAUCUCAUCCCUAAAGACUUCAAACUCAUGGGUAAAAGGUUGAUAAUGGGGUGUGGCUGGUUUGUAGGCUGCUAUCUAUGUGCAGCUGUCUUCUUGGUUUCCAAACCUUCCACUACAUCCAAUCUUUGAGGGUUAAAUAGAGCACCUUCUUAUUACAUUAGAAGCAUACGUUCUCUCAAACUUCCCCUAAAAUCGUCUGCUAAAUUCAAAGAAGUAGUUAGUUGCAGGGUUUUUUUACUUUUUCAAAUUGCACUUUCUUGGAUAGCACAAAUACUAGCCGUAGAGAUUUAGGAAUAUAUAUGUUAAGAUCUUGGUUCUCGUUUGCUUCCGCACGGGAACUUAUGGGCUCGAUAAUUUUUAAUUGUUUUAUGACCGAAAAUUGAAGCGAGGCCCCAUAAGUUUCCUAGAGGCCCAAGCACAAACGAGAACAAUAAGCUCUUAUACAGCAUUUUAAGAAAAUUUGUAAUCACAAAGUGUUGGGUAGUUCUCAUAGAGGGCCGUACGGGGAUUUACUGCAAAAUAUUGGGAGAGCGCGUAUCAGUGUAGCUAUAUAUAAUAAAAGGGAUAUGUGACUUAGAAAUAUACCAAACCUUUUUGGCACACACUAAUGGGGUCACGGUAUCUCGACCAAAACCACAGGGUAGGUUUCGAUGAGGGGAAGGGAAGAAAAUCAUUUGAAUUUAAAUUUUAAAACAGCUUUGGGUAAUAUUACUGACUCAAAUAAAGCUUUACAAAAAGUUUA